UUCUGUUUAUUCCAAGCAUUAAAAGUCACUACUUAUAAAGUUUUGAGUUUCUUUUUGUUGUCAGGAAUUAAAACUCCUGAUUCGCUACGAAAAGAUUUGGAAACUGCUUUAAAGAAAAAAGAUGUAAACUUUUUGGAACAAGCAAUAAAUGAAUGCAAAAGUAGUGGUUUUGCAGAACUUGAUUCUCAUAUAGACGCUGCUCAAGAAACAUUGGAGAACUUGAAAAAUAACCUGAGAGGAAAUACUCUCAAAAACCUGCAAAGUCAAAUUCGCACGGCGAUAAAACACAAGAAUAAACCAAGAUUAGAAAGACUUGUAGACGAGUGUGAAUCAUCAGGAUACGAAGAGCUACAACCAGACAUUUUUAUUGCAAAGGAAAUUUUGGAAGAGCUUGGAAACACGCGUGAAGGAGCGAAAUCUCCGGAUCUCUUUCACGACCGGCUCAAAUCAUCAUUAAAAUAUCAAAAUAAGCCAAGAAUGGAGAACGUGAUAUCUGAAAUGGAAGGAGCCAAAUAUCCCGAGUUAUUUAACCAACUUCAUGAAGCUAGAGCAUUUCUGGAUGCAUUAUCAGAGGGUGAUAAAGGAUUAUCGGUUGAAUAUUUGCGUGAAGCCUUGAAGAAAGCAAUGAGAAAAAAAGAUAAAGAAAGUCUAGAAGAAACCAUUGAAAAAUGCGUAGAGUUCAAUUAUCCAGAGUUAGAAUCUGAAAUACACCAUGCUAGAGAUAUUUUGGAACUUAUGCGCACUGGCCGAGCAGGUUCUAAAUCACCAUUUGCUUUGCGGGAACAACUGAAUAAAGCAAUAGAUCAAAAUGACAUUGCUGCUUUACAGAAAACUAUUGAAGAGUGUGAAGAAACCGGAUAUGCCGAACUUGGAUACGACUUGAGUCGAGCGAGAGAUAAAUUGCAUAGUUUAGGAUGUGGUAAAGGAGGUACACAAAUACCCGAUUCGUUUCGUGAAAAACUAAAAUCCGCAAUGAAGUUAAAUGAGAAGCAAAAACUAGAAAAAGUGAUUAACGAAUGUGUAGCUGCAGGAUUUUCGGAACUUCAAACAGAUAUCCAUGAAGCAAGGGAUAUGUUUUAUGUUCUUGGUGGAGGUGUUGGAGGUAUUGAGACUCCCCAGAAAUUACGCGAAAGAUUGAACUCAGCAAUAGAAAAGAAAAAUGUUGAAAAUCUUAAAAGUGCUAUUGCAGAAUGCGAACAGAUUGGUUAUCCAGAACUUGGAGCGGAAUUGUCUAAGGCUCGUGAUACGUUGGAAAGCUUAGGUGGUGGCCGAGGAGGAAUCAAAUCCCCUGAUGAAUUACGUAAGAAAUUAAUGGCAGCAAGAAACAAUGACGAUAAGUCAGAGCUUGAACGAAUUAUUCUUGAAUGCGCUGCAGCUGGAAUGCACGAAUUAGAUGCUGAUAUACAGGAAGCAAGAGAUAGCUUAUAUAUGUCAGGAGCAGCACUGCAAGGCCAGAAUUAUGUUGAAGCAUUACGUGAUCGCCUGCAAACUGCAAUUAGAGACCAGGAUAAGAGAGGAUUGGAAACUUUAAUCUAUGAAAGUGAAAAUGCUUGUUUACCAGAACUUAGUUUUGAGGUUCACAAAGCCAGAGAAAUGCUUGAAAAAUUAGGAGGUGGUUCAGGAGGAUAUUUAUCUCUUGACAUCCUUCGUAAGAAGCUUAAGACGGCUAGAGAAAGAAAAGAUAUUGAUGACCUAAGAAACGUUAUAAAUGAAUGUGUAGCAGCUGGCAUGCCGAAGUUAAGUCCCGACAUCAUCGAGGCCAGAAACAGUUUAGAUAUUCUCUGUGGGGGAACAGGAAAGAAGAAACCCUCCGAAAUUUUACAUGAUGAGCUAACGAAAGCAAUAUCAAGUAAAAAUAUAGGCAACCUGAAUAAAGCUAUUGAUGAGUGUGAGGCUGCCGGUUAUCUUGAAUUAAGCCACGAUUUAAAGAAAGCUAGAGCUACACUGGAAACGCUUGGUGGAGGUUAUGGAGGUUCCAAGACAUCAGAUAUUUACCGGAACAAAAUAAGAACUGCAAUUAAAGAAAAAGAUAAAUCGGAAUUGGAAAAAACCAUUAACUCUAGCAUAGCUUUAGGCAUGUCAGAGUUGGAUUCUGAAAUACUCCAAGCGAAAAAAGCAUUAAAGCAUUUGAAACAGGACUUUAAAGAACGUAAACCCGUUGAAAUUCUUAGAAGUGAAUUACAAGACGCUACGAGAAGCAAAGACAAAUCAAAUUUGGCAAAGCUUAUUGAUGAAUGUGAAAUAGCUGAAUAUCCUGAAUUAAGCAUCGAUCUAUGUAAAGCAAGAGAUGUCUUAGAAAGCUUAGGUGGUGGUCGUGGAGGAUCCAAAACAUCUGCCACUCUUCGAGAGAAAAUUAAGACAGCUGAGAAAAGAAAAGAUAUUGUUGGUCUAGAGAAAUGUAUAAACGAAUGUUUAUCGGCUGGCAUGUCCGAUUUGGAUUCUGAUAUCAGUCGUGCUAGAGAUAGUUUACAUGUUCUACGUGGGGGAUCAGGAACGGCGAAGAGCACUCAAGAUUUACUGGGCAAAUUGUCGAAAGCAAUUUUAAGUAAAAAUAAAGAGAGUUUAAGCAAAGCUAUUGAAGAGUGUGAAAAUACUGGUUACCUUGAAUUGAGCCCCUACCUGAAAAAUGCAAGAGAUACAUUAGAAAGUCUUGGUGGAGGCCGUGGAGGCUUUAAGACACCGGAAAUAUUGCGCCAAAAACUUCAAAGAGCCAGGAAUCAGGAUGAUAAACAACAUUUGGAAAAAGUAUUAAAUGAGUGCAUUGCUGCUGGUAUGCCAGAACUGGACAAUGAUAUUGAGUUAGCUAGGAAUGAUCUCAGUUACAUAGGAUAUGUUGUUAGAGGAGCAAAAACCCCUGAAACUUUACGCGAUGAAAUAAAAUCUGCGGUUAGACUGAAAGAUAAAAAUGCUCUGAGAAGGCUCAUUGAUGAAUCAGAGAAAUGUGCAUAUCCAGAGGUUGCCGGUGAUCUACGAAGAGCUAGAGAUACACUGCAAAGUCUCGGAGGAGGUCGUGGAGGAAGUCUAACUCCAGAUGACCUUCGUAAGAUUUUACAGAAUGCUGUUGCACAAAAAGAUAAACCUGUAAUACAAAGGGCAAUUAGUAAAUGCAUUGCAGUUGGUAUGCCAGAACUUGACAAUGAUAUUCUUCAAGCUAGAAAAACGUUGGAUAUACUCAAAGGAACUUCGGGAGAUUUUAAACCACCCGAUGUUUUACGAGAUAAGUUAAAGAUGGCAAUGAGGCAGAAGAACAUUCCUGCCUUGCAGAAAGCAAUACAUGAAUGCGAAGCGGCUGAGUAUCCGGAGAUUGGGACUGACCUCCGAAAAGCCAGAGAAACUUUAGAAAGCCUAGGAGGUGGUCGUGGAGGAAGUAAGUCACCUGAUUUGUUACGUGAGAAACUGAAGCUGGCAAUGAGAAAGAACGAUCAAGAUUUAAUUAUGGACAGUAUUAAUGAGUGCAUAGCAUCUGGUUUUCCCGAAUUAGACGCUGAUGUACAGAAAGCGCGUGAUACUGUGGGAUAUUAUCAGGAAACUGAGGAUCAUAAGUCACCCGAAAAAUUACGAGACGAGUUAAAUGCAGCAAUGCGGCAGAAGGACAGAUCAAGUUUAGAACGUUCUAUAUCUGAAUGUGAAGAAGCUGGAUAUCCUGAGAUCAGUUCAGAUUUGAGCGAAGCUCGAAAUGCACUGGAGAGUUUAGGUGGAGGUCGUGGAGGACUAAAAAAUCCUGACAGUUUACGUGGCAAACUGAAGAUGGCAGUAAGAUGGAAAGAUAGACCUCAUUUGGAAAGCGUUAUAAAUGAAUGUGUAGCAUCGGGUUUUCCAGAACUGGAAACAGAAGUACACGAAGCUAGAGAUGUACUUGAUCUACUUGAAGGAGGAGUUGGAGGUAAAAUGUCACCGAAAGCUUUACGUGAUAAACUCAAACAAGCAGUCAACUGGAAAGAUAGAUUACAUUUGGAGAAAGCCAUUGAUGAAUGCGAAGGUGCUGGUUACCCUGAACUGGGUAGCGACCUUCGUAGGGCUCGAACAACUUUGCAAAGCAUAGGAGGUGGCCUCGGAGGACAUAAAACCCCAGAAGGUUUGCGUGAAAAAUUGCAGUCUGCAAUGUUACAGAAAAACAGGCCGACUCUGGAAAGAAUUAUUAAUGAAUGUGUUGCCUCUGGAUUUCCUGAAUUGGAUUCUGAUAUAAGCCGAGCUAGGGACAUCUUGAAAAAGUUAGGUGGUGGUCGUAGAGCCUACAUGACUCCCGAUGCAUUGAGAAGUCGGUUAAAAAUGGCCAUCGACGAAAAAGACCAAGGCAAAUUAGAAGCUGUUAUUAUUGAUUGUGAGGAAGCUGUCUAUCCAGAACUAGGGUUGGAACUUCGAAAAGCUAGAGAUACUUUGACGAGUUUGGGCGGUGGACGAGGAGGAGUAAAAAAUGCAGAAGUCAUUGCGGAUAAGAUGAAGCGAGCUAUUAGACGAAAAGACAGACUAAGUUUGGAAAGAAUUAUAAACGAGGCAAUUGCAGCAGGAUUACCAGAAUUAGACUCAGAAAUUGAAAAUGCUCAACAAAUUUUGGGUAACCUGGACAAUACCACAAAAGAUUCUAAAUCUCCUGACGCACUACGUGCCUGGCUGAAAGACGCUUCUAGACAGAAAGACGUUCAAGAAUUGGUAAAAGCUAUUAAUAAGAGUGAAAAGGCCAAGUUUCCUGAGAUUUCUUUUACUCUUCGUAAAGCCAGGCGUGUUCUGCAAAGUUUAGGUGGACAUAGUGAAGAUGCUAAGACUACAGAGAACCUUUUGGAAAAACUAAGAAAUGCAAUUAAAGAGAAAGAUGUCGUAAAGUUAGAAAAAACAAUUAAUGACUGCGUGUCAGCUGGUAUACCAGAACUUGAUUCAGAUAUACAAGAAGCCCGAGACUUUCUCAUCAUAUUACAAGGUGGUGCAGGAGGUUUCAAAAGCCCUCAUAUAUUGCGAGAAGAAAUGAAGCAAGCACGUCAAAAACAAGACAAAGAAGCUUUAGAAAUAGUGAUUAAGGAAUGUGAAGCUGCCGGAUACCCGGAACUAAGCUUCGACCUGCAAAAAACAAAAUACACGUUACGGUCUGUUACUGGUGGUCGUGAAGUCCUUGCUAGCGCUGAAGUUCUGAAGGAGGAAAUAGAAUCAGCUGUUGCACAGAAAUCUCGUUCACGUUUAGAGAGAUUAAUUGAAGAAUGCGAAUCUGUUGGCUAUCCUGAACUUAGUAACCAUCUACGUCGUGCACGCGACACCUUGGAAAAUUUAGGAGGCGGUAGAGGAGGGAGUAAAUCAGCUAGUGAGCUUCUUGAAAAAUUAAAAAGUGCCAUUGAAGGAAAAAAUGUAUUAGCUUUAGAUAAAGUUCUAUGCGAAAGUGUGUCUGCUGGAAUGCCAGAACUCGAUUUCGAAAUCCAACAUGCCCGGAACAUAUUAAAUAUUCUAGAUGGUGGAUCUGGAGAUCUUAAAUCAGUAGAUGAUUUACGAACCGAACUAGAUAAUGCUAUAAAAGAUAUGGAUAUACCACAAUUGGAGAAAGUUAUCAAAGAAUGCGAAGAUGCAGGAUUUCCGGAAAUUGGUUACGACCUAUGUCGUGCAAGAAACACUUUGAAGAGUUUAGGGGGCGGUUACGGAGGCAGUAAAACAGUUGAAACUUUAUCGCAAAGACUUGCUGUCGCGGUAAAAGAAUGCAACCCGGAAAAAAUACAGAAAGCUAUAAACGAAUGUUUGGCAUCAGGUUUCCCGGAACUUGAAGCCGAUGUGAAAAAGGCCAGAAAAUUCCUCCGAAGUCCUCAGUUUUAUGACGCAGAAACUCUACGGACCAAACUAGUUACAGCAAUGAAACAAAAAGAACAUGGAGAACUAGCUAAAGCUAUUAGGGAAUGUGAGAAAGCCGAGUAUCCUGAACUAAACAGAGAUCUUCGAAAAGCUAGAGACUUACUUAAAUCCCUUGGUGGCGGUCUCGGAGGAACAAAGACACCUGAUUGUUUAAUAGAAAAACUGAAAUCAGCUCGAGCAAAGAAGGAUAGAGAUUUAAUUAAAAAGACGAUAAAUGAAUGUGUAUCGGCUGGAAUGUCGGAACUGGACAAUGAAAUACAACUUAGUCGUGAAACUCUCGAUAUUAUGGAAGGUGGCACAGGAGCUACAAAAGCUCCUGAUGUAUUGGUCAGUCAACUGAAAAGUGCUACAAGACAAAAAGAUAAGACAGCUCUAGCAAAAAUUAUCAUUGAAUGCGAAGAAGCAGGUUAUCCAGAGAUUGCCAAUGAUCUUUGGAAAGCUAGAGAAACUCUCCAUAGUAUUUGUGGAGAAUAUGGAGGGAGUCAAACUCCUCAACUGCUUGCUGCUAAAUUGAAGAGAGCUACUCGAACUAAAGACAAAUAUGCUUUAGAGAAAGCUAUCAAUGAGUGUGUGGCUUCCGGAUUUCCUGAACUGAAACUUGAAAUAGCAAAAGCAAGAAAUUUCCUUUUCAAUCUUGAAGAUGAUGGUAGAGGAAGAAAUCACCGGGAUAUUUUGCGGGACAUGUUAUUGAUGUCUAUGAAAAGAAAGAGUCCACCAGAAUUAAAGAAAGCAAUUGAAGAAUGUGAAGAAGCAGAAUAUCCAGAGCUCAAUGAAGAGCUACGAAAAGCUCGAGAUCUUCUGGAGAACUUGAGUGGUAGUAGUGGAGGAACAAAGACACCGAGAACCCUACUUAACAGACUCAUAAAAGCCAUGGAAAUGAGAGAUAAAGAUGCUUUGGAAAAAAUUAUAAACGAAUGUGUUGCCUCAGGAUUUCCUCAACUGGAUGCAGAUAUACAACAAGCCAGAAAUAUUUUGGAUGUUCUUGAGUUUGGUUCCGGAGAGACUAUUCCGUCUCAAACUUUGCGCAGUCAGUUAGAAACGGCUAUGGAAGAGAAUGACAAAGAUAAACUAGAGAAAGUUAUCCAAGACUGUGAAAAUGUACUCUAUCCUGAAUUAAGUCUUCCACUGAGUGAUGCUCGUGAUAUGCUGGAAAUAAUGACAGGAAGCCGUGGAGGAUCCAAGACACCAGAAGCUCUUCUUGAUAAACUUAAGAAGGCUGUUUGGCGUAAAGACAGAAAGAAAAUAGAGAAACGAAUCAAUGAGUGUGUUGCAGCAGGGUUUCCCGAAUUAGAUCAUGAAAUUCAGAAAGCUCGAGAAUUAUUGGAAGAAUUAGGUGAAAGCUAUGAAGGAACAAAAUUGUCCAAUGCACUUCGUGACAAACUGAAAUCUGCCAUGAGACGCAAAGACAAAGCUGCUUUGGAAAAUGCUAUAAUGGAAUGUGAAGUAGCUGCUUAUCCAGAACUCAGUUUUUACUUACGUCGGGCUCGCGAGGUUCUGGAAAGUUUGAGUGGAAGCACUGGAGGGAUAAAAACAUUUCCAAUACUCCUUGACAAACUGAAGAGAGCAAUAAUGAGAAAAGACAGGGCAAUUUUGGAACGUGUUAUUAAUGAAUGUGUGGCAGCUGGGAUGCCUGAACUUGAUCCUUGUAUUCAGGAAGCACGGGAAUUGCUUUCUACUUUGAAAGGAGCGUCUGGAGCUAUUAAAAGUUCUGGCGUGUUACGAGAACAACUGAUAACAGCCACCAAAGAGAAAAAUAGAGGAAAAUUACUUGCUGCUAUCGAAGAAUGCGAAGAUGCUGAAUUUCUAGAAUUAAGUGCAUAUUUGCGAAAAGCCAGGGAAACAUUGGAAAUGAUGGGUGGUGGUGCAGGAGGAUACAAAACUGCCGAUACCCUGCGAGAAAAGAUAGAAAAUGCAAUAGCAUUAAAAGAUAGGUCGAUUCUGGAACAAGUUAUCAAUGAAUGUAUAUCAUCUGGCUUCUCCGGAUUGGAUGCUGAUAUACAAACAGCCAGAGAUCUCUUACACACUUUAGAAUUUCAGGAUGAAGACAUAGAAGAAGAUGUUAAGUCUCCCGAAUCAUUACGCUAUGAACUUGAAACUGCGAUGGAGCAAAAAGAUAUGGGCAGUUUAUUACAGGCCAUAACUGAAAGCGAAAUUAGCGGAUAUCCUGAAUUAUCGAGUACUUUACGUCAAGCUAGAGAUGUUUUAGAAAGCAUCGGUGGUGGACGAGGAAUGAAAUCUCCUGAAAUUCUGCGCGAAAAAUUGAAAGACACCCUCAGUAAAGGAGACAAGUCUACCAUAGAAAAUGUGAUUGUUGAAUGCGUCGCUCACGGUAUGCCAGAACUGGAUUCCGAUAUACAUAAAGCAAGAGAAAAGUUAGAAAAAAUACGUGAUAUAUCAAGAGGACCAAGUCUUCCCACUCCUGACGCAUUACGUGAAGAACUCAAGAAAGCGACAAGACAAAAAGAUAAGCGAGCUUUGGAAAAUAUUAUUGAUGUUUGCGAGACUACCGGAUACCCUGAACUUGGGCCAGACCUUUGCAGAGCUAGAAAUACAUUGCAACAGAUUGGAGGUGGUCGAGGAGGAUCACUGUCUCCAGACAUAAUAAAACGAAAAUUAAAAGAUGCCAUGAAUGAAAAAGAUAAACGAAAUCUAGAUCGAAUUAUUAAUGAAUGUACUGCAGCAGGUUUGCCAGAGCUAGAAAAUGAUUUACAAAAAGCCAGAAGAUUGUCAAACAUCCUUGGAGGUGGUACUGGAGAUGUUAAGUCUCCGAACGAACUACAUGAUCAGCUGAAUAUGGCGAUUAGGAAGAAAGAUGUCGAUACAUUGAAUAAAGCAAUAAUGGAAUGUGAAGCCGCUGGCUAUCCAGAGCUUGAUGCUGACAUCCGCAAAGCCAGAGUUGCACUGAAAAACCUUGGUGGUAGUCGAGGAGGAAGUAAAUCACCAGAAGCAUUACGACAAAUGCUAUCAAACGUUAUGCAACAUGGAGAUAAAGCCCAGUUAGAAAGUGCAGUAAACGAAUGUGUAGCAGCUGGACUGCAAGAACUAGACACAGAUGUGCAGAAAGCAAGAGAAUUACUCCACGACUUACGUGAGAAGCACCAACCAGGUUCGAGAUCGCCCGUUUCCUUACGUAAUGAACUAAAGAAAGCAACCAAAGAAAGAAACAGGCCACUGCUUGAGAAACUAAUCCGCGAAUGUGAAGAAGCCAAAUAUCCAGAACUGAGUUCUGAUUUACGGCAAGCCAGAGAUACUCUGAAGAGCCUGAGUGGAGAAUGUGGAGGAACAAUAUCUGCAGAUAUGUUAAGAGACAAACUUGAAGAUGCAAUGAAAACUAAAGAUAAAAGUGAAUUGGAUAGAGUUAUCCAAGAAAGUGUAGCAGCCGGCAUGCCAGGACUGGAUGUUGAUAUACAACAAGCAAGACGUGUAUCAGAUAUUCUUGGUGGUGGCUCUGGAGAUGUAGUACCUUCAGAUACAUUGCAGAGUCAGUUGGCUCGUGCUAUUCGUCAGAAAGAUAUUGGUGAACUGCAGAAAGCCAUUGCAGACAGUGAAGAAGCUGGUUAUCCAGAACUAGCAGCUGAUCUUUGUAAAGCUAGGGAUACUCUAGAGUCUCUUGGUGGUGGUCGUGGAGGAAAUAAAACACCUGACUCUCUGCGAACCAAUCUCAGAAACGCAAUGAGGGAAGGUGACAAAGGCAAAUUAGACAGAGUAAUUAAUGAAUGUGUCACUGCUGGACUGCCAGAACUAGAUUCUGACAUAGAACGUGCAAGAAAUGUUCUUGAAGAUAUGAGACAAAACAGUACAGAACCAAAACCGUCUGAGAUACUACGAGACGAGAUAGCACAAGCCAUUGCAGAAAGAGACAAGUAUUCCUUGGAAAAACUAAUAUCUGAGUGUGAGAAAUCACUCUAUCCAGAACUGGGUAGAGAUCUUAGUGCCGCUCGUGAUGCUUUAGAAAGUUUAGGGUAUGGUCGAGGAGGAAGUAUAUCGCCAUUCGCGUUGCGUGAAAAUCUGAAAGCUGUUAUGAAAUCAAAUGAUAAAAGACAUUUGGAUAAAACUAUCAGAAAUUGUGUAGCUGCCGGUAUGACAGAGUUAGAAGCCGAUAUACAACAAGCUCGAAGUGUAUCAGAUAUUCUUGGAGGUGGCAGUGGAGAAGUUAAAAGUCCAGCUGCUUUACUCAAUCAGUUAGCAAAAGCUAUUAAACAAAAAGAUGUUCCAGAACUGAGUAAAAUCAUUGCUGAAUGUGAAAUACUUGGUUACCCAGAAUUGAAUUCAGAAUUGCGGAGAGCUCGUAUUAACCUAGAAGAUUUAGGUGGCGGGGAUGGAGGAGUUAUUUCAGUUGAUGGUUUACGAGAGAAAAUUGAUCUAGCAAUUAGAGACAAUGACAAAGAAAGACUGGAAGAUGCUAUAAAUGAAUGUAUUAGCGUUGGAAGGCCAGAACUGGAUGCUAGAAUUCAUAGAGCAAGAGAAGUUCUAAAAUCACUUGAAGAAAAUAAGUCAUUAGAAUCAAAAUCACCAGACUCAUUUCGGAGAAGAUUGAAAAGGGCCACAAAGCAGAAGGAUAGAUAUGCAUUGGAAAAGCUAAUCGUAGAAUUGGAAGCAGCAGAGUUUCCAGAACUUGGCUCAGAUCUCCGUAAAGCUAGAAACACGCUCAAAAGCCUCGGAGGAGGUCUUGGAGGAACAAAAUCCGUUGAUUCUCUGCGAGAAAAUUUACGAAGUGCUAUGGAAAGCAAGGAUAAAAAUGCUUUGGCUAAAGCUAUCCGACAAAGUGUCGCUGCUGGUAUGCCAGAACUUGACUCAGACAUACAACAAGCUCGAAGGAUUUCGGAUAUUCUUGCUGGUGGUACUGGAGACAUCAGAACCCCUGAUAAUUUACGGGACCAACUUGAAAUGGCUGGAAAACGAAAAGAUGUGAAAAAAAUACAGGAGGUCAUACAUGAAUGUGAGAAAGCGGAAUAUGCAGAAUUGGGUAAUGACCUUCGGAAAGCUCGGGAUAUAUUAGAGAGACUUGGCGGCGGCCGUGGAGGGACGAAGACGCCUGAAUCACUUCGCCGAAAACUAAAGUCUGCUAUGAAGCAGGGAGAUAAAGAUACAUUGGACAAAGUAAUUCACGAAUGCAUUGCUGCUGGAAUGCCAGAACUAGACGUAGACAUAAGCGUUGCUCGAGACUUAUUGAAAGACGUUAAAAUUUCUCCUCCAAAAGAAAUUAAAUCUCCUGAUGUUUUGCGGAAUCAGUUGGCAAUGGCAGUUCGGCGCAAAGAUAUAGCAACAUUAAAGAAAAUCAUUGUGGAGACUGAAGAUGCCAAAUAUCCAGAACUUGGAAUCGAUCUCUCUAAAGCCAGACAUGCCCUGAAGAGCCUUAGUGGCAGUUGGGGAGGGGUUAAAUCACCUGAAUCUCUUCGUGAACAAUUAAAAGCAGCCCAAACAGGAAGAAAUAAAGAAAAAUUGGAAUACAUUAUCAGCGAAUGUAUUGCGGCAGGUUUUCCAGAAUUAAAUUCUGAUAUCUACCAAGCCAGAAUUGUAUUGAAAGACCUGGAAAUGAAUCCAAAGCAAGAACGUUCUUCUGCUGAUUUUCUACGGGAUGAACUCAAGAAAGCUGCAAAAAGUAGAGACAAAUCUGCUUUGGAACGUAUAAUCGGAGAAUGCGAACAAGUAGCUUACCCUGAAAUUGGCUUUGAUCUUAUGGAAGCUAGAGAAAUUUUAAAAGAAAUGAGUGGAAGUCACGGAGGAAAUCUAUCCAUGAAUACUUUACGUGAAAAGUUGAAGGAUGCAAUAAAAGAAAGAGAUAAAACGACGUUGGAUGAUGUAAUAAGGAAAUGUGUGGCCUCUGGGAUACCGCAAUUACAAGCUGAUAUCCAUCAGGCCAGAAAAGUAUCAGAUAUUCUCGAUGGUGGUACUGGAGACUUGAAAUCUUCAAACAUGUUACGCACACAAUUACAAGAUGCUGUUCGGCAGAAAAGCAUUUCUGAUUUGGAUAACAUUAUUCAAGAGGCGGAAAAUUUAGCAUAUCCAGAAAUUGCCACUGAUCUUCGUCAUGCAAGAGAGACUUUGAAAUAUCUUGGAGGGGGACGUGGAGGAAAACUUUCACCCGACAGUCUUCGGAAAAAAUUAAGAGCUGCAGUUACUCAAGGUAACAAGAAAGAAUUAAGACGUGUCAUUAGUGAUUGCGUUGCUGCUGGAAUGCCAGAGCUAGACAACGAUGUGGAAAAGGCUAGACAAAUUAUGCAAGAUUUAGUUGACUUCAGUGAAGAAGAUGCAAAAACACCAGAAGCUUUGCGUUAUCAACUAAAAAAAGCGGUUAAAGAAAAAGAUGUUUCUUCAUUAAAAAGAUUAAUUCGAAUAUGCGAAGAAGUUUCGUAUCCAGAAUUAGCGAUUGAUUUUCGAAAAGCCAGGGAUACGUUGAAUAGCUUAGGAGAAGGCCUAGGAGGCACUAAAUCAUUUGAAAACCUCCAUGAAAAUCUUAAGGAAGCAAUUAAAAUGAAGGAUGCGCGAUACUUAGAAAAAGUUGUCAGAGAUAGUGUGGUUUCUGGUAUGCCAGGACUCGAAGCUGAUAUUCAAAAGGCCAGGAACAUAUUAGAUAUUCUAGGAGGUGGCAGAGGAGAUCUCAAAACACCGGAUAUUCUACGAGACCAAUUAGAAAUUGCAAUUCGUCGUAAAGAUAUUCCUAGUUUGGAGAAAGUAGUUGCAGAAUGUGAAACUCUAGGCUACCCUGAACUCGCUACAGAUUUGCGAAAGGCAAGAAAUAUUUUGGAAAGCCUUGGAAGAGGUCGAGGAGGCUUGAAAUCUCCAGAAAUGAUGCAAAAACGCUUAGAGCUAGCAAUGAAAGAUAGAGACAAAGAAAAGCUAGAAGCUGUUAUUGAUGAAUGUGUAGCUGCAGGCAUGCCAGAAUUGGACUUGUUGAUAAUCCAGGCUAGAGAUACACUAGAAAACAUGGAAGAAUAUCCCCAAACAGGAUCCAGAUCACCUGAGACAUUACGCAACCAGCUUAAGAAAGCAACUAAGCAGCGUGACAAAUCCGCAUUAGACAGAAUUAUCGUCGAGUGUGAAAAUGCAGGAUAUCCUGAGUUGGGGCUUGAUCUCCUGAAAGCUAGAAGCACGCUGGAGAAUUUAGGUGGAGGUCGUGGAGGAACACUGACACCUGAGUCUUUACGAGAAAAAUUGUGGGAGGCAGUUGCUACAAUGGAUCAAGACGAAUUGGACAAUGUAAUAAUGGAGUGUAUAGCUGCAGGUCUGCCAGAACUGGAUGCUGAUAUAGAAAAGGCUCGGAAAAUCUCUCAGGAUUUAGAAAUGCAACGACACAGAGACAUACAAUCUCCAGAUUCAUUGCGAAAGCAACUGGCACUUGCAAUGAAACAAAAAGAUGCCAGUCGCCUUGAAAAACUAAUUGAUGAAUGUGAGGAAACAAGUUACCCUGAAUUAGGUUCUGAUUUACGCAAAGCCAGAAUUACGUUGGAAAGUUUAGGUGGAGGACGUGGAGGAACAAUGUCACCUGAUUAUCUACGAGACAAACUAAAGUCUGCAAUGGAGACUAAAGACAAAGAAGCUUUGGACAAAGCUAUUCGCACGAGUAUUGCAGCAGGAAUGCCUGAUUUGGAAGUUGAUAUACAAGAAGCUAGACGAAUGUCAGAUAUCCUAGCUGGUGGUGAUGGAGAGAGAGAAUGUCCAUUUUAUUUACGAGAUAAUUUGGCCAAAGCUAUCCGAUGCAAAGAUCCACAGGCGUUGAAUGAUGCUAUCAAAAGGUGUGAAGAAGCCGGAUAUCCAGAACUUGGUUCGGAUGUUCGUAAAGCAAGGGAUGUUCUUGAAAGUCUUGGAGGUGGUCGUGGAGGAACAAAAUCUCCUCUUCAACUAGAAGAAAAUUUAAUAACUGCUAUGAACGCGGGAGACAAGGAAAAAUUAGAAAGUGCCAUAAAUGAAUGCAUCGCUGCUGGAAUGCCUGAACUUGACAACACUAUAACUGAAGCUAGAAACAUUCUAGGUGCAUUAAAGGAAUCGGAGGAAAGAGGAUCAAUGUGUCCAGAAACCUUAAGGAAAAAACUAAAUGAUGCAAUGAAAUUAAAAGAUAAAAUUACUUUGAAUAAAGCCAUUCGCGAGUGUGUGAUUGCUGGAUUUCCCGAAAUGGAUGCUGACAUACAACAAGCCAGAGAUCUAUCAGAUAAACUUGGUGGUGGCACAGGAGACAAAAAGUCUCCAAUUUUUCUCCGCAACCAAUUAUUAAGAGACAUGAGAAAGAAAGAUCCUGAAAAUUUGAAAAAAUCCAUACAAGAAUGUGAGGAAGCCGGAUACCCUGAAUUGGCAUCUGACCUCCGUAAAGCAAGAGAUGCCCUCGAAAGUCUCGGAGGUGGUCGUGGAGGAAUAUUAUCCCCUUUCGCCCUUCGUGAAGAACUGCAAAAAGCAGUUAUGGAAGGCAACAUAGAAGAUAUUGAGGAAAUUCUUGAUAAAUGCAUUGCUGCUGGAAUGCUGGAAUUGGACUCUGAUAUAGAAUAUGCCAGAAGCAAACUGGAUGAGCGACGAAAAUAUGAAGCUUCUCCAGAUACAUUACGUAGAGAAUUACAGAAAGCAAUUGAAGCUAGAAACAUGGCUGCUUUGGAGAAAGUUAUUAGUCAAUGUGAAGAUGCCGGUCAUCCAGAAUUGAAUUCUGAUUUGCGAGAUGCAAAAGAUAUUCUAGAGAGCUUGAGUGAUGGUCGUGGAGGAUCGACGACACCCGAUUCUUUGCGUAACCAGUUAAAACGUGCUGUCACCCAGAAGAACAAAGCAAAUUUGGAAAAAGCUAUUCACGAUGCUGAAGCUGCUGGUUAUCCAGAACUUGCUUACGAUCUCCGAAAAGCUAGGGAAACUCUUGAAAAACUUGGUGGUGGUCGAGGUGGUAUAAAAACUCCUGAAUCAGUCCGCGAAGCAUUGAAAUAUGCUAUGAAAGAAGCAGAUGAACCAGCAUUGGAACGAGCUAUCAAAGACGCUACGGCUGCUGGUUUUCCAGAACUGGCAUCUGAUGUACAAAAAGCUCGUGAUAAAUUGGACCUUCUGAGAGGCGGACGUGGAGCUACAAAAUCUGCUGAAUCUCUGAAAAAAAUGCUCCAUGAUGCUGUUGCUAUGAAGAACAAAUCAGCUCUUGAACAAGCUAUCAAGGAAUGUGAAGCUGCAGCUUACCCCGAGUUAUCAUAUGACCUUAGAGAAGCCAGAGAUGCACUUGAAAAUAUAGGCGGCGGUCGUGGAGGUUCAAAGUCUCCAGAUAUUUUGCGGAACAAACUUAAAUCUGCCAUAAGACAAAAGGAUCCUAAUGCUAUUGAAAAAGCUAUCAGCGAAUGUGUUGCUGCUGGGCAUCCAGAACUGACGGGAGAUAUCCAGCAAGCAAGAGAUACUUUAAAUAGUAUCGGAGGUGUACAUAAAGCUCCAAAAUCUCCAUCUGUCUUGCGUGAUCAACUAGACCAUGCUGUUAAACAGAAAGAUAUUAUUGGUCUUGAACGUGCUAUUGCUGAAGCUGAAGCAGCCAAGUCUCCAGAAUUAAGCAGUAACAUAAAGCAAGCCAGAGACCUUCUCGAUUCUUUGGAUGGUGGUAGCAGAUCAAGAAGCUUGUCACCCGAGCAGGUUGGUACUUUGCUCGACCAAAUAAAUACAUCAAUAAUUCAUAAGGACAAACCUAAGUUGGAGAAAGCAAUUGCUGAUGCUGAGCCUUAUAGACAUCCUGAUCUGGAACCUCAAAUUCAGAAAGCCAGACCAUUGUUGGAUGCUUUGAAUAUUAAAGACAAACUCGAAAGUGCUUUCUUGACCGACAACCAGGAUGAUAUUCGACGAUGUGUUAUAGAGAUUGAACAAAAAAAUCUCACCGACUAUUUAUCUAUUGAAGUGAAUGAGGCUCGAAGCAGGAUCCGCGGUUAUGCAGCCCCUGAUCCCAGUGCCUUUCUCAAUCGUGACGAUGUCAGCAUUGACUCAAGAACUAGUUCUAGAAUGGGUUGGUACAUGCGUUCGGCUGGUUUCUCUCAUGAUCUUCUCAUUAGUGCAUUGGUGGUCCUUGGCGAAUAUGAAAGACAUUCUGAGUCACAGGCAUGGAGAAAUUAUCAGCAUUUCUUUGACAUUUCCAAUUCAGACGGCUCCAGUCGUCGUGUGCUUGGUUUUGACAUAGAUCAAAUUUACCAAAACCUGUCUGCCAGAGCUGAUGAAAUACUCACCCGUAACUCAACUGACGAAGUUCAGUUGCUGAACAGAAGCGGACAAAUGUCUUAUUCUUGGAGUCGUUCUUUGAACGAACAAAUGAGAGCAUAUUUCCAUAACCUCAAUGGUACUAUGGGCGGUGGAGAAAGCAGUUUCGGAGAAACUCACAGUAUGUCGCAAAUGUCGGGCACAAGCAGGACAGACUAUCGUCUCAAGAGAAUCGUCUCAAGGAAGUGAUAACACUAAUGCCCAUCGGCCUGCAACUGAGAGGCAUUCAACUACUACUACAGUUCGAUCUGUUAACCGAUCCGGUCCGACUACUUUCUUUCAAAGAAAAUACUAAGCAAAUUACGGCACUGAUUCAACUGGGAAAUGAAACCUUUUUGUUGUUCUUUUAAUUUUGGUUUUCUAUAUUCACAAUGAUAGCAAGUACAAGGAAUAUAUAUUAUUUGAACUAAUAUAACUUUUAUAUUCUCUUUUUUACCUUUUGCAUAUGUAAAGGUAUAACUUUUUACUAAGCAUUUAACCGCAUUCCUUAAAAUAUAUUCAGAUCUACCAUAUCAGUUCAUAUAUAAAGAGAAAGAAGCGAAAGCCUACUUUCUCAUAUAAGCUAUAGAGAAGAUAAGUAUUUCUAAAUUUGUUUUAGUAAUAGAUAAUAUUUCGAUUGUUGAAAAUAAAUAUUAAAAUUUCAGAUUGUUUGGUUUAGAAUUUUUGCAGUUUUCGCACUUCAAAUAGUUAAAGUUUCGUAAUAUUUUAUAUAUUUCAUAUGUAAAUGGCUUAUGCCUAAUCUGACAGCAGUUACGCAAAGAAGCAGACUAGAAUAAUUUAAAACAAUAGUAUACGUUUCUCUUAUUUUAACAAACUUACUGUUGUGAUAAAAAUGAUUGUAGAUACUGUUUCAAUAUCACAAAUUAUUUGAAAGAAGGAAAACUCUUGAACUGAAAUUAUUUGAUGGUUAUUGAACAGAUAUGGUAGAUUUUUAUAUUAAUCAUAAUUAUUAUAAUAAAUGAUUUAAAUUACAAUUAUUAUAUACCGAAUAUACUAUUUUAAGCCUUCAACAUUUAUAUUUGUUUUCCAUUUAUUUGCUCAAUUUAUAAAAGUGCCUUCUCUGAAUAAAGUUAAACCUGUAUUCUUUAAGAAAAA